GAAUGCUGUCUGUCGCAGCAAUUGACUUCUAAGUAAGAAGAGAAGUCGACCUGGGGAAGGUCAAUGUGAUAGCUCAAAGGGAAGUCGAGCUAGAAACUUGAUAAUGCGGGCUACGCGUCCUACGUCAUCAUCAACGCCGUUUCACAUGCGGCCUCGAAAGUACUUGAGCCCCUGGCACUAUGGACACCCUCCCCAGACAAAGAGGCCAUUGACGAAGGUCCUUCUUGUCCUAUGUGUGUCGCUAGAUUGGUUAUCGAAGAAAUUGCUCGUAGUCUCAAGUAUCAUUGUCGGAAGUGUAUCUCAUCGCGAUGGCUGAUAAUAGCCUCGGCCAAUGAAUGCAGAUGGGGGGCUUCAAUAUUACCGAUACCUUCACAUGCGUUCUUAUCCCACCGUCACCG